AUUCUUUGAAUUGUGGUGGAUUGUUGUGUUUGUGGGCGCUAACUACGAUAUGAUGGCGACAGGCAAACCACCCUCAAGAAAGUUGUCUAGAAAGACAGAAAAUGGAAAAGAGUAUAACAGUGUUUCCAAUAAGGAAGAAGAAGAGGACUUGGAGUAUUCUUUACUCGAGGAGAAAGCCAAGAAAUGGGCAAAACUAGCAAAGUCACGUUAUGCGGAGAAGAGAAAGUUUGGGUUUGUUGACGUACUCAAGGAAGACAUGCCACCAGAACAUUUGAGAAAAAUUAUAAGAGACCACGGAGAUAUGACGCAUAAAAAGUUUGCAAGAGAAAAAAGAGUAUAUUUGGGUGCUAUGAAGUACGCACCCCACGCUGUACUCAAGCUGCUUGAGGCUAUGCCGAUGCCGUGGGAGCAAAUAAGGGAUGUGAAGGUUCUGUACCAUAUAACUGGCGCAAUUACUUUUGUUAACCAAGUUCCAAGAGUUAUUGAGCCUGUAUUCGUGGCACAAUGGGGUACCAUGUGGAUACUGAUGCGCAGAGAAAAAAGAGAUAGGAGGCAUUUUAGACGGAUGAGGUUUCCCCCUUUUGAUGAUGAAGAACCUCCUUUAGAUUACGGUGAUAAUGUCUUGGAUGUAGAGCCUUUAGAGCCCAUUCGAAUGGAGUUGGAUGAAGAGGAGGAUGCACCCGUCUAUGAGUGGUUUUAUGACAACGACAAGCUUGUGGGGACAACCGCUGUGAACGGUCCCUCUAUGAAAAGGUGGUUUUUAGAAGUCCCAGUAAUGACGACUUUGCAUCGAUUGGCAUCGCAACUUUUACUAGACGCUUAUGAUCCCAAUUUCUUUUAUUUGUUUGACAAAAGGUCGUUUUUCACCACAAAAGCGUUAAAUAUGGCAGUUCCAGGAGGUCCCAAGUUUGAACCACUCUAUCGAGACAUGGAAGAAGGGGACGAAGACUGGAACGAAUUCAACGAUAUCAACAAAUUGAUUGUUCGUCGACCUAUUCGUACAGAAUAUCGUGUAGCAUUUCCUCAUUUGUACAAUAGCAGACCAAGAAGUGUUGCUCUAAUUGAAUAUCACCAUCCUCAAUUGCAAUAUAUUAAGAGCGAUGACCCGGACCUUCCAGCUUAUUAUUUUGACCCUAUCGUCAAUCCAAUUCCAGCUCAUCGCCGCUCAGGGCUUACUAACCUGAAAGAAGAUAAAGAUGCACUUGAUGAUGAAUUUCAGGAUAUUCAAAUGCCAGAGGGAUUUGCUCCCUUUAUGGAAAGAGAGCCGCUUUAUAAUGAGAUGACAGCAGGAGGAAUUGCGUUGUAUCAUGCCCCCGAGCCGUUUAACAAGAGAUCUGGCAGGUGCAGAAGAGCUAUUGAUGUUCCGCUGGUGAAGUCUUGGUAUUUGGAGCGGUGUGUGACUUCGGCACCAGUUAAAAUAAGAGUCAGUUAUCAGAAACUGCUCAAAAAUUAUAUCUACAAUGAACUUCACAAGCAUCCACCGAAAUCAAGGGCUCGCAAGUCAUUAUUUAAAGCUUUGAAGAUGACGAAAUUUUUCCAGAGCACCGAAAUUGAUUGGGUAGAAGCAGGCUUGCAGGUUUGUCGCCAAGGUCAUAAUAUGCUGAAUCUUCUGAUCGAUCGUAAGAGUGUAAAUUAUCUACACUUGGACUAUAACUUCAACCUGAAGCCUAUCAAAACUUUAACCACAAAAGAACGAAAGAAAUCGCGAUUUGGAAAUGCGUUUCAUCUGCUGCGUGAAAUACUGAGGUUAACAAAGAUUGUAGUCGAUGCACAUGUUCAGUAUCGCUUGGGGAAUGUAGAUGCUUUUCAAUUGGCAGAUGGCUUACAAUAUAUAUUUUCGCACGUGGGUCAACUUACAGGAAUGUAUCGAUACAAAUACAAGCUAAUGAAACAAAUUCGUAUGUGUAAGGAUCUCAAACAUCUCAUUUAUCAUCGUUUCAAUGCACCUCCAGUGGGGAAAGGGCCUGGAUGCGGCUUUUGGCUUCCCAUGUGGAGGGUUUGGAUUUUCUUUUUGAGAGGUGUGGUACCAUUGUUAGAAAGAUGGCUAGGAAACUUGUUGGCAAGACAAUUUGAGGGAAGGAACUCAAAAGGCAUCGCGAAAACUGUCACUAAACAACGUGUGGAGUCCCAUUUUGAUUUGGAACUUAGAGCACAGGUGAUGCACGAUAUCUUAGAAAUGAUGCCGGAAGGUGUUAAGGCCUCCAAGGCAAAGGUUAUCUUGCAGCAUCUUUCAGAAGCUUGGCGUUGUUGGAAAGCGAACAUUCCCUGGAAAGUACCUGGUUUACCAAAGCCAGUGGAAAACAUGAUUCUUCGCUAUGUCAAAGCCAAAGCAGAUUGGUGGACUAAUGUGGCCCAUUACAACAGAGAAAGAAUUAGAAGAGGUGCAACCGUUGAUAAGACUGUAGUUAAGAAGAAUUUGGGACGCCUUACGAGAUUGUGGCUAAAGGCUGAACAAGAAAGACAGCAUAAUUAUCUAAAGGACGGUCCAUAUGUUAGUGCAGAAGAAGCAGUUGCUAUGUAUACAACAAUGGUGCAUUGGUUGGAAAGCCGAAGAUUUUCACCCAUUCCAUUUCCACCUCUUUCCUACAAACACGAUACCAAGUUGUUGAUAUUGUGUUUGGAAAGGCUGAAAGAACAGUACACCGUGAAAACUCGACUGAAUCAGAAUCAGCGCGAAGAAUUGGGUUUGGUGGAACAGGCUUAUGAUAAUCCUCAUGAAGCGUUGUCUCGAAUCAAAAGACAUCUUCUUACUCAAAGAACUUUCAAAGAAGUUGGUCUAGAAUUCAUGGACAAUUAUUCUUAUCUCAUUCCAGUGUAUGACAUAGAACCUCUGGAGAAGAUCACAGAUGCAUAUCUGGACCAGUAUCUUUGGUAUGAAGCAGAGAAACGAAGACUAUUUCCAAACUGGGUGAAGCCAUCAGAUGCUGAACCUGCACCUCUCCUGGUCUACAAAUUUUCUGUCGGUAUUAACAAUCUUAAAGAUAUUUGGGAUACUUCACAUGGAGAGUGCGUUGUUCUUUUGCAGUCAAGGUUUCAUAAGAUGACAGAAAAAAUUGACCUUACCUUUUUGAACCGUCUGCUAAGGCUUAUCAUGGACCACAACCUCGCGGAUUAUAUAACUGCCAAGAACAAUGUAGUCAUCUCUUACAAGGACAUGAUGCAUACCAAUUCGUAUGGUCUUUUACGAGGACUGCAAUUCGCAUCAUUUGUGCAGCAGUAUUAUGGCCUUUUAUUGGACCUCCUCGUGUUGGGUCUUCAACGAGCUUCAGAAAUUGCUGGUCCACCUCAAAUGCCCAAUGAAUUUACCAUGUUUCAAGACACGGAAACCGAAGAAGCACAUCCUAUUCGGUGCUAUAUACGUUACAUAGAUCGCAUUUAUAUGCUUUUGCGUUUUGAUGCAACUGAAUCAAAAGAGUUGAUUCAGAGAUUCCUGAUAGAGCAUCCAGAUCCUAAUAAUGAGAAUGCUGUUGGAUACAAUAACAAGAAAUGCUGGCCUAGAGAUGCAAGAAUGCGACUUAUGCGUCACGACGUGAACUUGGGAAGAGCUGUCUUUUGGGAUAUUAAAAAUCGUAUUCCUCGUUCCAUAACGCAGUUGCAGUGGGACGAUGAAGUGACUUUUGUCUCCGUGUAUUCCAAAGAUAAUCCCAAUUUACUUUUUGAUAUGGCGGGAUAUGAAGUUCGCAUCCUACCACGGAUAAGAGUUAAAGAUACGGCUCUAGGAAUAGAAGAGAAUCUUCCACAACAACGUGACGGCAUUUGGUCUUUACAGAAUGAAUCUACUAAAGAAAGAACAGCUGUGGCCUUUUUAAGAGUUUCUCAAGAAGCCAUGUCCAAUUUCGAAAAUCGCGUUCGUCAGAUUUUGAUGUCUUCAGGCUCAACCACGUUUACAAAAAUUGCUAACAAAUGGAAUACUGCAUUAAUUGGCCUAAUGACCUACUUUAGAGAAGCAGUAGUGAAUACUCAGGAACUUUUGGAUCUACUUGUGAAGUGUGAAAAUAGGGUCCAAACACGCAUUAAGAUUGGUCUAAACUCCAAGAUGCCUAGUCGUUUCCCGCCAGUCGUUUUCUAUGCUCCUAAGGAGUUGGGCGGUCUUGGAAUGUUAUCCAUGGGCCAUGUAUUGAUCCCACAAAGUGAUUUGAGAUAUUCCAAACAAACAGAAGCUGGAGGCAUCACUCACUUUCGUGCUGGUUUGAGUCAUGAAGAAGAACAGAUUAUACCCAACUUGUAUCGUUAUAUUCAACCUUGGGAAAGUGAAUUUCUUGACUCACAACGAGUUUGGGCCGAAUAUGCGUUGAAACGAGCUGAAGCAGCGGCUCAAAACAGAAGACUUACUCUGGAAGAUUUGGAAGACAGUUGGGAUCGAGGUGUGCCACGUAUCAAUACUUUGUUCCAGAAGGAUAGACAUACGUUGGCAUAUGACAAAGGUUGGAGGGUAAGAUUGGAAUUCAAGCGUUACACACAAGCACGGAAUGAUCCAUUUUGGUGGACUCAUCAAAGACAUGACGGAAAACUAUGGAAUCUGAACAAUUAUCGGACCGAUAUGAUUCAAGCUUUAGGUGGAGUCGAAGGUAUAUUGGAACACACCCUCUUCAAAGGAACAUAUUUCCCUACAUGGGAAGGUCUUUUCUGGGAAAAGGCAACAGGUUUUGAGGAAUCUAUGAAAUUCAAAAAGUUGACCAAUGCACAAAGAAGCGGUCUUAAUCAAAUACCGAAUCGGAGGUUUACGUUAUGGUGGAGUCCGACAAUUAAUAGAGCUAAUGUAUAUGUAGGCUUUCAAGUGCAGUUGGAUUUGACGGGUAUUUUUAUGCACGGGAAGAUCCCUACUUUGAAAAUAUCACUUAUCCAGAUCUUCCGAGCACAUUUAUGGCAAAAGAUUCACGAGUCAUUAGUAAUGGAUCUUUGUCAAGUAUUCGAUCAAGAGCUGGACUCGCUAGAAAUUGAAACAGUUCAGAAGGAAACGAUUCAUCCUCGCAAGUCUUACAAAAUGAAUUCCUCCUGUGCAGAUAUUUUAUUGUUUGCGUCAUAUAAAUGGCCAGUCUCCAGACCGAGUCUUUUAGCUGAUUUGAAAGAUUCCUUUGAUGAUGGGACAACAACGACCAAAUAUUGGGUUGAUGUACAACUUAGAUGGGGUGACUAUGAUUCUCACGAUGUUGAAAGGUAUUCUCGAGCCAAAUUUUUGGAUUACACUACCGACAAUAUGAGUGUAUAUCCAAGUCCAACUGGUGUUCUAGUUGGAGUAGACUUGGCUUACAAUCUUUACAGUGCUUAUGGCAACUGGAUACCUGGAAUGAAGCCUUUGAUGCAACAAGCAAUGGCAAAAAUAAUGAAAGCAAAUCCUGCCUUGUAUGUGUUAAGGGAGCGAAUUAGAAAAGGUCUACAGUUAUACUCAUCGGAACCAACGGAACCUUACCUCAACUCUCAAAACUAUGGUGAGUUGUUUGGUAACCAAAUAAUAUGGUUUGUGGAUGAUACCAAUGUUUAUCGAGUGACCAUCCAUAAGACCUUUGAAGGCAAUCUUGUUACGAAACCCAUCAACGGUGCUAUUUUCAUAUUCAACCCAAGAACCGGACAACUAUUUUUGAAAGUCAUUCACACAUCAGUUUGGAGUGGACAGAAGCGUUUAAGUCAAUUGGCAAAAUGGAAAACAGCUGAAGAAGUUGCAGCUCUUAUACGUUCACUUCCUGUUGAAGAACAACCAAAGCAAAUUAUUGUUACUAGGAAAGGAAUGUUGGAUCCGUUGGAAGUACAUUUGCUCGAUUUUCCAAAUAUUGUCAUUAAAGGCAGCGACUUGCAGUUGCCAUUCCAGGCAUUGUUGAAAAUCGAGAAAUUUGCUGAUCUUAUUCUUAAAGCAUCGGAACCACAGAUGCUUUUGUUCAAUAUUUAUGAUGACUGGUUACAAUCGGUAUCCUCAUAUACGGCAUUUUCUCGACUUAUUUUGAUUUUAAGAGCCCUUCAUGUCAACCAUGAAAGAACAAGAAUGAUAUUGCGACCCGAUGUUAGUGUCACUACAGAAUCGCAUCAUAUAUGGCCUUCGUUAUCAGAUGAACAAUGGGUAAAGGGGGAAGUUGCACUUAAGGAUCUAAUACUGGUUGAUUAUGGAAAGAAAAAUAAUGUCAACGUGGCAAGUCUAACACAGACAGAAAUUCGAGAUAUCAUUCUUGGUGCAGAAAUAACUCCUCCAAGUUUGCAGCGACAGGAAAUGGCAGAAAUAGAAAAACAAGCCAGAGAACAAAGUCAAAUGACAGCAGUAACAACCAAGUCAGUUGAUAAGCUCGGACAAGAAAUGAUAGUAACAACUACAAGCAACUACGAACAGGCCACAUUUGCAAGUCGAACAGAUUGGCGUAGUAGGGCUAUUUCAGCCACCAAUUUGCAUUUGCGUACCAAACAUAUUUAUGUAAAUGCAGAUGUAGAUCUUUCUGAAGCGCAGUUUACUUAUGUGAUUCCUAAAAAUUUGCUUCGGAAGUUCAUCUCCGUUGCAGAUCUUCGUACGCAGAUAGGAGCUUUUAUGUAUGGAUUGUCGCCACCUGACAACGACCGCGUGAAAGAAAUCCGUUGCCUUGUGUUUCCUCCCCAAGUGGGCAAUCAUCAAAAGGUAACUUUUCCUGCCCAGCAACCUGAACAUGAAUUCCUUGAAGACCUAGAGCCAAUUGGUUGGGUCCAUACUCAGCCUAAUGAGUUUCCACAGCUUGCACCUAGUGAUUUGGUUUAUACAGCCUCUCUAUUAGCAGAAGAGAAGUUGCCAGACGUGGAUCAUGCUUUGAUUGUCACAGUCUCUUUUACCCCUGGAAGUUGUUCUGUAACUGCCUACAAGUUGACUCCAAGUGGUUAUGAAUGGGGCAAAGCUAGUCGCGAAACUCCUGAAGGUUUGGUCAAUCCAGCGGGUUAUGGUCCGCAACACUAUGAAAAGGUACAAAUGUUGUUGAGCGAUCGUUUUAUGGGUUUCACGUUGGUUCCGGACGUCGGUUCAUGGAACUAUAACUUUAUAGGAGUUCGACAUAGUAUUGGAAUGCGUUAUGGACUGAAGUUAGAACCUCCCAAGGAGUUUUAUCAUGAGUCACAUCGUCCUAUGCACUUUUUAAGUUUUGCUAGUUUAGAAGAUGAGGAAAAUGUGGUUGUUGAAAAAGAAGAUCCUUUUGCCUAGGCAUGUGUGAAAUAAAGAAUUUUUGCUUUCA